CGCGCGCCGACGGCUUCCACGACGGAGUCUACGGCUACUACGACAGUCGACGGACGACGGACCUACGGGCUACGAAAUACGAUCAGUCACCAGUGUGGUGUGUACCGGUAAGGUUGCUCGCUGUGUGUUUGUCGCUGUUCUAUUGCGUCUCAAAGUCGUCGCAAGCAUCGUGACAUGUCACGAACUAUUAUAUUGUGAAAUGACUUUUUGAAACGAGACAGCGUUUACGGCUUCUCUUCGUCUCCAUUAAUUGCAGUUUACGAAAAUGUCCAACGGCCGUCCCCUGCUGCUUCCUUUGUUGCUGGCCGUCGUGUCCUUAGUCCGAGGUGGUUCUGCUGCGUACUGUGACGAAAACUUGUUCCCAGAAGUUGACGAAGCACAGCAGCUGUACUCCGGCGUUCGGUUCACCAAGGAACUGAGCACCACUGAGUACGGGCCCCUCAACUCAUUCAAGACGCUUCACUGUUGCGGUGAGAGGUAUCUCAGUCUCGAAUGGUUCAAGGAUAAUCGACCCUAUCCGUGGCCUAGUGACGUCUCCAGUUUCAUAUUGAAUCCCGAAAGCGCUAAUCAAACCAUAUACACUCGGAGCUUGACAUCGUCCGACCAUGGCGUGUAUACUUGUCAGCUGGCCAAUCAAACGGACAUUGUAAAUCAUUCAAUGAAACUCGUCACAUUUGAUGUUAAGUCUUAUUGGGAAGACCCUCUGCCUACGUAUGAAAUGGUUAAAAUACACUAUGCACUACCAGGAGAAUUUGUCAGACUGUACUGCGAGGGUUUCGUAGGUAAAGUCGGUCUUCCAGAUGCCGUCAACACAAUAACGUGGAAGAAAAUUGGUGAAAAUCAGACAAUUGUUUCAAACGAAAAAUAUAGAAUAAAAGAAGUGAUUAGGGAAAAUGACCAAGUAUUGGGAGCAUUCCUAUUCAUAAACAAAAUUCAAGAGACUGACUAUGGACUGUAUAUGUGCUCCAUCAGCAAUACUGAUGACCAAAUUGUGCAACAGUUUACUAACAUCACAAAACCGGUGUUUAACUUCGAACAAUCCGUUAAAAAAGUGCAAAGAGACCUUAAAUUGACCAUUUUUGUUAUGAUUGCGAUAAUUUUGAUCGUUUGGAAACGCCGGUGGUUCUACUUGACGUAUCAAAAAAUGAAGAAAAAAUUAGAAAGUGAUAAAUAUGCGCUAUCGGAGAAGACUAUACAUAAUGUAAUAGUAUUUUACGACGAAGCGAACAAAGAAAAUGCCCAAUACUUGGUGGAAAAUAUGGAACAUCGUGAUAAUUAUAUAACUAAGAAAUAUCACAUCGAUUUUGAUGAAGACUUAAUCAAAACACAAACAGAUUUGGUUAAAGGUUUUGACUUCGCUAUAUAUUUAUUAUCUUCAGACGAUAAAAUUACAUCGUCAUUGAUGAAAAAAUCAACGCAAACAUCUUUUGUUCAAGACAACGUUACUCCUAAGAAAUACAUAAUUGACUGUACCAAUAUGCCCGUGACGCCAACGAAAUCGUGGUGUGACAAGAUACUAGCGGAUCUGAGCAGCGACGAUCACGCAAAGCGAAACAAAAAUACCUCCAACAAGCUGAUGAGGGUCGUCUAAAUACAAUAAAUUGUAACAACGUUCGGUAGCCGUCAAUGACAUAAUAUAAUGAUUAUAUUAUUUUGUUGAAACAUAGUAUUCCUACACACACCAAACAUUGUAUAACCAUGGGAUGAGAUUCCAUAAACAAAACAAAAAUCUUUAUUUAUUAUUGUUAUAUUAUCUAAUAUAAAAUAUUAUAUAGGUACCUACCUAAUAAUAUUAUUGAUUUCGUUAUGAUAAUAAAUAAUAUAAUAGUAUAUAUUAUUAUUAUUACAAUUUACAACCGACAUAUCCCAUUAUAUAAUAUAUGCUAAUAUGCUAUAUACAAUAUUCAUAUAUUGAUAUUUAACUAUAUUUUGUAGUGUAGGUAUACGCUCGUUUUAUAAUUUUUGAUUCCUUAUUAUCGUAGAUUUUGUUCGUGAUCACUCGUGAUUUAUCGACGACAACUUCUCCCAGCGAAUUCGAACUGAAAUUUAACGUAGGGUCAAUUUUUGUUAUUAUGAUUACAGUGUGUAUGGCUUACAGCGGUACGAUAUUAGUAAUUUAUUUAGUAUUGGUUUAAGUCGACCGGUCUGUGUGUAUAGUUAUUAUUUAAUAUUUAUGUAAACAGUAUUAAUUUGUGUGACGGGGAAGUGAUCAAUCAGCAAUUCUUCCUCGCACAACCCUAACUUUGCUGAUCAUAUUAUAAUAAUAUAAUGUUAUGUUUGUUUCCUCUGAUUAUCGUCAAUUUUCUCUCUCUCACUCUCUUUUUCUGUCUCUAUCUCUCUUCUCUACAUCCCUACCUAUCUAUAUAAAUAUAUAUCCCUUACACUCUUGAUGUUAGUGAAUUAAUAAAUUCUUUUUAACCACCUAGAUUUAGUUUUGAAGAUAACAUGUAAUUUUAAUAUUAUAAAACGCCUAUUAUAAAAUGUUUAUUUUUA